AUGCAUGGGGCACGAGGGAGAGCCAGCGUGCGUGCUGCCCUGCCGUGCCCUGCCGUGCCGUGCGCUGCUGUGCGGCGGGCAGCCCAGGGCGUGGGCGCCCCGUGCCCCUGGCGGCGCGGCGAGAAGCACAGAGCUUGCCAUGGCGGGGUAGCGCCCCGCGGUGAUGGAGGGCGCGGCGCCCCCUGCCAGGCGGCGCCGGGGCAGCGCGCGCUGGUGCGGGCUGAGGUGCACCCCGCCCCCCUGCCUGAGCCCCCGGACUCGCCCCCUCACGUGCCCAACGGCCCCCUGCUGCUCAGCGACGCCCUGCUGCUGCCCCGCGGCGGAGACUCCCACGCGGGGGGCCUGCCCCCCACCCCGCCGACCAUCCUCACCACCUUCGGGCGGCCGCGCCCUCUGGACCCUCGCGUGGAGUUCCUGCGGGGGCGCCGCGCCCCCAAGAUGGUGGAGGCGCCCGCCGUUCGCGGCAGGAACGGCUUCACGCGCCCCCCGCGCCGCGUCACCUUCCUGGUGGAGGCCGUGCCCGCAGGGCGCCCCGCGCCCCCUGAGGAAGAGGAGGAAGAGGAGGAGGAGGAGGAGGAGGAGGACGAGGAGCUGCGGGAGCUGCACCACGACCACCACCACCACCACCACCACCACGAACCCCCGCCCCCACCCCGCCGCUCCCCCCGCCACGACCCAGACGCGCCGCCCCCGCGGACACAGUGGUGA